AUGAACAUCUCAAAAAACGAUCGCACCUGGUGCCAUCUCUCCGACUAUUACGGUCUGGUGCACAUCUUCGACCGACAUGGCCAACGUGUGGACGAGAUCUCCCUCCAAGGGCAGGGUUCGAUCCUAUCGCUUGACUGGGACAUGGACGGCGAGUGCCUCGCGGUGCUGCAGGAGGGCAACGGAAUCAUCCCCAUAUGGGACUCCUCUUCCAGAAGCACUCUCAGUAUCGACACCAACCUCAAGGACCCCACCUUUAUGGCAUGGUCCGCGAUCGGUCCUCAGUUGGCGGUGGGAACCGCCAAGGGCAACAUCUUGAUGUACAACAAAAGGACCAGGAAAAAAAUACCUGUUCUCGGGAAACACCCUCGGCGUAUCACGUGCGGUGCGUGGGGAGAGAGGAAUCAGCUCGUCCUGGGGUCCGUGGACAGCACCCUCACCGUGAGCAGCGACACGGGGGACACACUGGAGCAGACGCAAUUAAAACGAGCCCCCACUGCGAUGUGCUUCCUCGGUGGAAGUCGCGGUCGAGACGGCCAUGGCCGGCCCUCCUCCCCGCAAGCGACCCGCGCGAUGAAACCACCGGUGGACAAAAAGAUCGUCGUUGCCAUUAACCUCAGCGGCAAGUCCUUGCUCCUAUACAGCCUUGACGAUCCGGACAGGCCCGUCGAGUUGGCGUUUCAGAACAAGUACGGCAACAUCGUCGUGCACCGACCGUUCGGCGAUAGCAAUCUGCUGCUUGGCUUUUCCGAGUUCAGCGGUCGAUUUUUCGACGGAGGCUUGACAGACGUGUCCUACUCGCCUGAACUCCGCCAAGCGGUAGCCGCCGGUCCAACGAGUAUCAAGGUAGUGAACAUGAGAACGUACAAGGAAGUGAGCGAGGAGCAAGUUCCGACGUCCGAGGAGGACGGCAGGAUCUGCGGCCUGGCAUGGUGCCCCGACGGACAGAUCCUCACUGUUGCCGCUGCAACGGGCGACGUCUUCAACUUCUUGGCGAGGAUGCCCAUCGUCCACGCGUCCUGUGGCCCCUGCGUCGCGUACCUCUCGUCUCUGCGGCAAGUUUCCGUCGUGGACGUGGCUCGGCCGGGGGAAAAGCCGCUGAACGUCCCCGUCGGUAUCGAGCCGACGAUCGUCGGGCUUGGCCCGGCGCACGUGGCCGUGGCCAUGAAUGACCGGGUGGAUGAACGAGAGUACAACGGCCGAGUCACCGACGUGCAGCUUAACAGCACCUGUGUCGCGGUGCUUAGCGGCUCAAAGGUUAUCUUGCAGAGAAUAGAGCUCGACGGGAAGGGUGGCGCAGUCGGGCCAGGGGGUCGGCACGGCAGAUCGCCCGCCAUCGCUGUCGGUAGCGGCGUAUCAGCGGGAGGCGGUGGUACGGAGGGAGCGGGGAUGAUGGCCAGUCCCAGCGCUCGAAGAACGUUCCCGGAACGGGCUGACCGCGAACACGGGGAAGCGACGGCGGUGGGGCUCACGGAGGCGUUCUUGAUCUACGCCACGAAGGCGGGGACGAUCGAGUUUUUCUGUCUGUCGGAGUGGGCGCCGCUCGCAGGAAUCGAGCUCAAGCACGCCUCCCCGGUGCUCCGGUUGUGGCCAAACUACCUAGGCACUAGGGUCGCUUUCAUGGACGCGGUGGGCGCAGGAUGGUUGUAUAGCCCCUCGAGCGACAAGCUGACGCAGGCAAGAGACAUGAUUCCUGGCCUGGGGGCUAGGUGGGAAAGGGGGCAGGUGGUUGGUUGGGGGGAAGUAGACUCACAACCGUGUCUCUGGCACAGCCAGCUGUGCGUCAUUGUCGCAUACCACCGUCCAGGGCAGAUGCCUUGUGCGGCACAAUAG